AAAAUUAAAGUAUAAUAACUGUGGCAGAAAAACAGAGGUUAGUUCAACGACUCACACAACCAUUUUCUCACGUGUCAUUCAUCUCCUCUAUCUUCUCCUCCUCAUUAUCAAUCAAUUUUACAGAACAAACAUCACAAAACUCACAAACCACAACAAUGAAGGUAACGAAGCGACCGAUCUACGCCGUCUCUAAAUGGCUCCGCCGCCAACCGCCCAAAAUGAAGCUCUUUCUGGCGGUUCUCUCCGGGCUUAUAGUUCUGCUUUUUCUUCGCAUGGUUGUUCACGACCACGAUAGCCUCUUCAUAGCCGCUGAGUUUGUGCAUGCAUUGGGAAUUUGCCUCCUCAUUUAUAAACUCGCUCAGGAAAAAACAUGCGCCGGACUCUCACUCAAAUCACAGGAACUCACAGCUAUAUUUCUAGCUGUUAGACUAUACUGCAGUUUUGUCAUGGAAUACGAUAUACACACCUUACUCGAUACUGCAACAUUAGGGACAACCCUCUGGGUUAUUUAUAUGAUACGUUUCAAACUGAAAUCCAGUUAUAUGGAUGAUAAGGACAACCUUGCAAUAUACUAUGUGGUGAUUCCUUGUGCUGUACUGUCUUUGUUCGUUCAUCCCACAACCCAGCAUCAUACUAUUAACCAGAUUUUCUGGGCUUUUUGUGUUUAUCUUGAAGCUGUAUCAGUUCUACCUCAAUUGCGAGUCAUGCAGAACACUAAGAUUGUUGAACCAUUCACAGCACACUAUGUUUUUGCCCUUGGAAUUGCAAGGUUCUUGAGUUGUGCACAUUGGGUCCUCCAGGUAUUAGAUACCCGCGGUCAACUACUAACUGCUUUGGGUUAUGGAUUGUGGCCUUCUAUGGUACUUGUAUCAGAAAUUGUCCAAACCUUCAUCCUGGCAGAUUUUUGCUACUACUACAUCAAGAGCCUUGUUGGGGGACAGCUCGUUGUUCGGCUUCCUUCAGGAGUUGUGUAAUUUUAACUUUCAUUUUUCAGUUUCCUUCAAGUUGGAUUCUCCUUUUGAUGCGAUAUCGAUUUAGGUCAUUGUUAACAGAGGUCAGAAUGUAAUAUAUGUGUAACUCAGACAUUUAAUACAAGUUAGUUUAUCCUCAUAUUUCUUCUCUGUGAUCACUUUUUCACAUUUAAAAAAUAAUAAUUAUCAUAUCUCCCGGGACGGCAAUUUGAGACUAUUCCUUAGUCCACUAUCUUAACUGAAAGGCCUCAAAAUAUAACUUAUUUGAAACUAUAGAUAACUUUCAGUACCCAAAUCUCUCCUUGUACAAUAUAUUGGCUAGUGGCUAUAUUCUGGGAUUCUAGAAAAUGCUGGUGGCUGAUUUUACUCACUUCCAAAUUCCAAGUUCUUUCAUUGGGUAUCAACAAAAUUUGAACUUUCAUAUUGGAAAGACCAUUUGGGCGAAGGGAAAUUCGAUGUAUCUAUCAGUUGUCUAUUGUUGUGAAUAGGACUGUUAAAGAAAAGUAAAGAGCUUGUGAUUGUAUCUGCUGCA